AUGGAGGAAGCUAUUAUAUUUGUUUCAUUGCUUAUUUUACUCCACAUUCCGCAAACCUACUCAGCCGAACUCAACAUCAUUACAAGUUCAGAGUUCUUGGCAGAAGAAGAUACAUUGGUCUCACCAGACAGAACAUUUGAGCUUGGAUUUUUCAGGCCAAAUGGCUCUGAAAAUAGAUAUGUUGGUAUUUGGUAUAAGAAGAUAUCUGUUCAAACAGUGGUUUGGGUUGCCAACAGAGAUCGGCCGCUCACAGGUGCAGCUCCAGGUGUGGUAAAGAUAGUCGAUCCAGGAAAUCUUGUCAUCAUGAACAAUGUUACUAAUCAUGAAAUGUGGUCAUCCAACACAAAGUCAUCAGGGAACACAAUUGCAAAGCUUCUUGACACUGGAAAUCUAGUUGUCACCGAUGGAAACAACAAUAAGAUUCUCUGGAUGAGCUUUGAUUAUCCAACUGAUACUUUUCUACCUGGCAUGAGGUUGGGGAAAAAUUUCUUGACGGGUCAGGAAUGGUAUCUAUCUUCAUGGAGGAAUAGUAAAGAUCCGGCUCCAGGUGAAUUCACCUGGAUUUUUGACACGCACGGUUUACCACAGAUUCUACUAAAACAAGGUGCGAUGGUCAAAUUCCGGAGCCCGCCAUGGACUAAUGAAGUGAUUAGUGCGUAUACACUUAGCCAGAAUAUCGUUGCAUACAACAUUGUUAUAAAUAGAACAGAGGUGGCUCUUUCUUAUAAUCUUGUAAACAGUUCUGUCCUAUCGAAAACUACAUUGACUUCUUCUGGGAAGUAUGAACGCUUCGUGUGGGUAGACGAGGGGAAAAGAUGGGAUGUUCGUAUUACGUUGCCAAGAGACAUUUGUGAUACAUACAACAUAUGUGGGGCUUAUGGACAUUGCAACAUGAAAAGCAGCUUCCAGACAUGUUUGUGCUUAGAUGAGAAAAAGUUUGUGCCAAGAAGCCCAAAAGAAUGGGAGACGGGACAUGGGCGUGAUGGUUGUGUUAGGAAAACACCAUUAAAACGGAUCAGAUGGGUUUAG